AUGCAUUUCAGCAGCUAUGUCGAUCACCGUGAGACGCGGCCAUUUGACGAUAUAGUUCUAUACUCUAGAUGGUUGGCCUGCGGAUCAUAUAUUACUGCUUGUCAUCUUCUCGAACGCGUCAUACGGCAGUUCGACUACACUCAGACCAUUCUUAAACACCCUAUUGUAUCUACUCCUCCUGCUUUGACACGUAGACAAAUGGAUGACAUGUUUGAUGAUUAUGAGAGUCAUCUGGUACUAGAGAAGGCACAGAAUACCAUAGUCCCGAGCGACUCUAGCUACGUGGAUGGGUACAUCAGGUGGUUCUUUAGGGUGUCAGAUUCGUAUAUGGUGCGGGUUGCUCCUAGAUACCCACCUAGGUCAGCUAAUCAUGAGAUACUAGAGGAGUAG